AUUGCUAAAGAAUUAAAUAUUUAAAAUGGCAUCAGCAUCUAGUUCAAGUGCACGCCAUCUAUUUGAUGACUCCAAGAAACGUCUGUGCGCACGCGUUGGCGUGAAUGUCAAUAAUUUGGGAUCGGUGGCCAGGCAAGUGGUGCGUGGCUCCAAAACAAAUGAGAUCAUGCAUCAGACAUUGAAGAACUUUACGCAAGUCGAUGUCGUAUCGGAUUACAGCAAUCAGAAUCUGCAGAAAAUGUCGCUCAUUCUGCAGCAUGUGGGUUAUCAAUACGAUGUGAUGGAAGACAGCGUCAAUCAUUUGGAUUACCUCAAGGAACAGGUGACGGCGAUGGAAAGAUGAUUGGAAGA